AUGUCGAUCAUCGUAGAGUGCUUCAUGCAGCAUGACAGGAUAGAUGGCGUGGUUGCUCACCAUGCUGGAUCAUACAGCUCCUACUUGCCUCGAGGUGUCACCGUCGGCCCCGUCUCCGGGAGCGACCAGCCAAUCUCCGAAGUCGAGCGCGGUGGACCUGUCGUCCCUUCAGGACGGCUGAUUCCAGGCUCUCGGGCAGUCUCUCGUGCCCGCCUAAGCGCUUCCUCCUAUCCUCCUCUCCUCUUUCCUGGAACUUCCCCCUCACGGACAACUACUACCCUCUUUUUCCAUGAGGACAAGACGGCCUUCUCCAAGCAUCGACACAUAAAUCCCGACACCUUGUCGUGGCCACCGAAUUCCUCUGGCUCGCCUCCCACGGCGCGGCCGUACCAUUUGACAGACUCCGUAGCGGAGGAAGACGACGACGACUUCUAUACCGCGCCGCCACCGCCGCAUUCUCCGUACUCGGAGGCUUCCUCUAGUUUCUCUUCGUCGCGCCCUCCACCCUUUUCGUCUCUUAUAUUCGCUUCUGCGACCGAAUAUAAUCGUGGGAAGGCCACUUUCUCCCCACUUGAAUCCGCCUCGGCUCCGACCUCUGUUCCUCUGCCGCCCGACGAGGAGUCUCUCGAGCCGAGCCCUUCUUCAUCCUUAGUCGCGGAAACCAAGGCUUCGUUCUCCCGGGACCAGAAAUCGGACCCCCCGGGCAAACCUGCAGACGAGGGAGAACCUCCUCCACCGUAUACCGAAGGAUCCAGUCCCAUCGAAUCAUUCACAUACGUGAUGGCUGCAGCAGGAGGCGCUUCGAGUAUCAUUACUCAGGUGCAGCAGACAGGAGGGCCACCGAUCAACACAUUAGGGGAUAUUGGCGGGGAUGAACACAUCACUCUUGAUCUCCGAGGAACUCGGUUCACGCUUUCUCGAGACGAGCUGCUGACUUUACCCGAAUUCGUCCUGUUAUCGCUUUUUCCGAAUGGGUUGCUUCCCGAUGGUCACAUGGGUACCUUCCAUGAAGGCGAUAUUUACCCGGUCGACUACGACCCGGCUUCUCUACAGUAUAUGCUAGACUUUUUCCGCUCGGUCGCUCAAUCCAUCCCGUCAUCCUCGCCUUCUGCGUCGACCUCUCCUGACUUGGAUGUUGCCCCCGAUUCCAUGCAAGGAACCGCUAGAGAUAUGCUCCAGGAUCGUGCUGGUAUUAUUGUUCUGCGCGAGGAUCUUGAUUUCUACGCGAUACCACCCCGUCCUGAUAUAGACCACACUGAGAUGAUCGAGGUCAAGCGUGCAGCUGCGAAAGCAUUGUUGAAACAAGACGGGAUAUUUUCGGGAUUGAGGAAAAGCGACGAAGCCGGUUCGACAGAACAACAUCUCAUCGAGAUGCUUACUGCAGGCGGGUUUGAUCGCGACGACCGGUGGGGCCAUCGUGCCCCAGAGCCUAAUAAGGCGGUGAUAUGUAGCCUAGCUCUGGCCAAAUUGCGGACCGACAUUCGGGGUGACCUAUCGAACAACAACGCAGUUGGCUUGGCUCAAAAGCUUCUCUUGUUCUGGAGGAAACCGGCCAGGAGAUGCUGGUGGGAGGGCAUCGAGCUAGACGACGUGGAGGGUGUUGAAGGCAAGGUGAAAAUAUGGAUCCGUAGAGUAUGGACUCUAGAAAUGUUUCCCAUUAGCUGGCCGGCCCCCAUGCAUUGA